GACGGCAACACCAUCAUGGCCAGAAAGGACGCCAAGAACUCGACCGCCACCCCCACGACGACCCAAAGCACAGGUGGCUCGACACAGAACGACCGUAUCCGCGUCGAAUUUUGCGCCCACUCGGAGUAUGCCAAUCAUGCGCGGGACCUGGCUUUCACAGUGAAGAAGGCAUUUCCUCAUAUGGAUGGCCACAUCGACAGCCGCAUCUACACGCUGCCGCAGUGGAGGGCGUUGUUGUCGCUGGUGUGCGGCAUCCUUCCGUUUCUCGUGAUGGCAUUCCUCCUCGCCGGCGAACAUAUUGUGCAAGUUGUGCCUAUUCCACAUGGCCUUGAAGUUCUGUCAUGCUUGCGAACUUACCGAGGGGUGACGUUGCUGGCGGCAGGGGCACUUGGCGGAUUUUCAAAGUACUUAGUCAAGACGGGCGCCUUCGAGGUCUACUUGAACGAUGAGUUGGUGUUUUCGAAACUAAAGACCAAUGCAUGGUGCACGGCCAAGGAAAUGCUCGAUGCACUUAAGGACAAAGGGCUGAAGCAGGUCAAGUAAUGCAGUCCAUUCGAUUCCGUAAGACAUUUAACUUGGAGAAAGUAGAAGAUCGG